AUGACCAAGGCAAAGCAGGAUCCCGAGGAACGCUAUGCUGCUGCCGCAGCCAAGUGCAGGGCCGAGCACAACUUCUCGCCAAAGCUCGCGGGUUGGGACUUUUACAAGUCCAUUGGGUCCCCAAAAUACAUUGUUGCUCCCAUGGUUGAUCAAUCAGAGCUGGCAUGGAGAAUUCUCAGCCGCCGCUACAAAGCCGAGUUGUGUUACACACCAAUGUUCAAUGCAAAAAUUUUCGCCAAAGAGGAAAAGUAUCGAGAUGAGCACUGGGCUGGAUUGAAGGAUGGCCUCGGAGGAGGUGGACUAAAUGACCGACCAUUGAUUACCCAGUUUUGUGCUAACGAUCCCGAAUAUCUGCUGCAGGCAGCAUUGCUUGUGGCACCUUAUUGCGACGCAGUUGAUAUCAAUCUCGGAUGCCCUCAACACAUUGCCAGGAGAGGCCACUAUGGCUCAUUCCUGAUGGAGGACUGGCCAUUGGUUGCCUCGUUGAUCUCGACUCUACAUAAACAUCUUCCAAUCCCAAUCACUGCCAAGAUCCGUGUCUUUCCUGAAGCAGAAAAGACAGUGGCCUACGCUAAAAUGGUCGUCGAAGCUGGUGCACAGAUCCUAGUCGUUCAUGGACGUCUUCGAGAGAUGAAGGGGCAUCUCACGGGUGUUGCGGACUGGGAGAAGAUUCGCAUGGUUCAAGACGCAGUGGGGCAUUUGGUGCCAGUGAUCGCCAAUGGCAAUAUUCUUUAUCACGAAGAUGUGGCUCGGUGUCUGGAGGCAACGGGGUGUGCUGGCGUCAUGUCUGCAGAAGGAAGUCUUUAUAACCCAGCAAUCUUUACCCCGGGUCAUCCAGAGUCGUGGCGUCUGGCGGAAGAGUAUCUCACCAUCUGCGAUGAGCUCGAUACAAAAAUCGCCUAUACUCGUGGACACCUCUUCAAGAUCUUUCGACCCAGUCUCAAUGUUCACACGGACCUGAGGAGUGAGCUCGGAUUGGCGAACUCGAGAGAGGCUAUGUGGGAUGUAACCCGGAAGCUGAAGCAGAGGCUGAUCGAGGACGAGGCAAAGUCUGGGCAAAAUGGCGAAAGUUUCGAAGGACGAGUCGACGAGAAGGGAUUCCCGGUGUUGCCACACUGGGUUGCUCAGCCAUACUUCAGGCAGCCCAUGCCUCCUCAGGACCAAAAAGUGACCGCCAACGUUGGUGAGGGUGGUGAAGGAGAGUUCCUGAAUGCUGCACUGUCUUCCUCCAAGCGAUCUGCAGAAACAUCGGGACACCGAGAUGACGAGGAGCAAGAUCGCUCUUCCAUCAAAUCGAAAAAAUCCCUGAAGAACAAGAAGCCCAAGGUCCUCCCGAACCUUUGUCGCAGUGACCACUGCCAGAACACUUGCUCAGAGAAAUGUAUCUACCACAGAUGCAAGAACUGUUGUCGAUUGUACCAACGAGCAGAAGAUCGAUAUGACUGUCCGUCUCAUCCGAUUAACUCUAUGCGGAAAGAGAGGGAGAGGCAGGCGAAAGACACCUUGUUGCCACGCGUGGAUUCACAAGAGGCCAUUGGCGACGUGGCGUUGGAGGGCAUGGUUGUCGGUUCUCGAGCAGUAUCGGAGAGUGACGAGACGAAGUCAGAUCGUUGCAUGAUUCUGUGA